AUGUCAGACAACGAAAAAGAACAGCAUGGUUUCGAGGAAAAUGACAGCUUCGAUUUCGAUAUGGGCCUGGGGCUAGAACCGAGCGAAUUUGAGCCGUCAAUGGAAUUCUACUCGGUGCCGUCGGACUCACUGUCCUUUGACAUUGACCAAACUUCUACACAAUACCCUGCUAUUUCCCCACAUGGAAAUGUGCCUUUGCUUCCAGACAGUAGCCUGUCCAAAUCCACGCCGGCGCACGAGUCGUCACACCAACCCAAGUCGUGUGGCAAGCUAUUGCGUCGGCCACAAGACACGGUGAAAACCUUAGAACAAUGGCUGAAAUAUCGCUCUGAUGAUCCCUAUCCAACAAAACGAGAAAAGGCCUCCUUGGCCCAGGCAACCGGGCUUACUAUCGCUCAGGUGUCCACCUGGUUUGCAAACGCGAGGAGACAGCGUAAGCGUGGCAGGUCGUACGGCAGCAGUCAGUCGAUACCUGGAUUGGUUGAUUCUUUGCCUGAAUCCCACUCGAUUACUCACGAGCAAUGGCCUUCGUUGAGUCCACUAGAACGAUGGCAGAACUCACCCCCAGAACUAGAGCCUGCGCCGUUAGAAGCUAUUAUGAAUGCGGUAGCUACCGGUGAAAGCGACAAAUUGCCUGAGGGAAGUUCUGAGCCCACCUAUUCGUUCUCUGGUGAUAGACAAAAAUGCGUAUCAUCGGCCGGCAACGAUGCUCAAUCAGCUAUAUCGUCGAACGCAUCUGGAUCGGGGCUAUCCACUAGUUCUGGUUCGUCUGCCCGUAGCUUCGUUUCCAGUCACUCUGGAGGAUCUUUCAGCCGUUUCUAUCUAAAUGAACCACCGCGGCGCCGUCGCCGUCGUCGACCAAAGACAUUGAGAACAGGAACAACGCAGAAAAGGCCUUUUCAGUGUACGUUCUGCACGGACACAUUUCGUACAAAACAUGACUGGACGCGGCACGAGAAAACCCUACAUUUAUCUCUCGAAAAAUUCACUUGUGCUCCUUUUGGCCCAGUCUACUGUAGCCCAGCAGGCGGGACCAACCAUUGCGUCUUCUGUAACGAACCCUGUCCUUCGGAAACUCAUAUAGAGUCACACAGGCUCAGUUCAUGCCAGCAAAAACCAUUAGGGUUUCGAACUUUUUAUCGCAAAGAUCACUUGGUUCAACAUCUACGUCUUAUACACGGGGUCUGCCGUAUGACGCCAGACAUGGAUACGUGGAAAACACAGGUCCAGCAUAUUAAUUCACGGUGCGGCUUCUGUGAUGAGAGAUUUGUGGUGUGGUCUGAACGAAAUGACCAUAUUGCACAGCACUUUCGCAGCGGAGCAUUGAUGAAGGAUUGGCGAGGAUGCCGGGGCCUUGACCCAUCCGUGGCCUUGGCUGUAGAAAAUGCUAUGCCGCCCUACUUGAUAGGCAUGGAGUCUACUGGGAUGAAUCCUUUUAAGGCUUCCCGAUCGAUGGAUAAUGGUCAAGGAUCUAACUGUGGAGUAGAAGAACUGGACCAUGGCGCUACGAAAAAGCCGAACCCGACCCCUUUUGAGUAUCUUACAGCCCGCUUGAGCGAAUUUGUACAGAAGAUAAGCGCCGGUGGACAGAAUAUCACGGAUGAGAUGUUGCAAAAGGAGGCGCGUUGCAUUGUCUACUGUGAUGACGACCCAUGGAAUCAAACACCAGCGGACAACCCGGAGUGGUUAAGGUUAUUCAAGCAAGGUGUGGGUUUGGGAUCGGCUACUGAUCCAUUUCAGAUUGGACCUUCCGAUAGGCCUAAUGGUGAAGAUAAUGAUUUUUGUCUUCCAUGGUCAGAGGAGCAAUGGGCACCGUUGUGUUUUAACGCUAGUGAUCUUGCUCCAAGCCUUUUGGACACGAACAACGCCUGCAUGACAUGGUCAUGGCAAAGUCCAGAGUGUCUUGUGGAGUUCAGACGAAAUAUGGAAAGGCCCUUCGCCGAGAUAAGUGCACAGAGUAGGGCUGAUGUUGGUUGUCAGUUAUUGACUAACACCCCGGCGCCAGAUAUUGAGUACCCGAUCUCAAACAAGGAUGCAUGA